AUGGGUCUAUUCGGCCACAUGCGCAUCCACGAGAGCGGAAUUGACCGCCGCCUUGACACACCCACCCCGCCGAGCCCCACUCCCAAUCAAUCACCUUGUGCACCCACUAACCACUCCCCAGCCGGCAUCGACGCCACCGACCUUACCACCCCUCACUCCUCCCCUUUCUCCUCCUCUUCCUCCUUCACUGCCACAACGACGGCCACUCUGGCGUCUGUAGCGCAUGACUUGACCACAGCCGCACCUGACACAACAACAGGCACAACCCCUGCAACCUCCAUCAUCAGACGUGAGGGCCAGGGCUAA